AAGAAACGUGAAGAAGAAGGUUAACCGGAAGCGUAAACGAGGCUGGCUGGUGUUGUCAAAGAUGACUGGUCACAAUCACUCGUUUUUCUGCUUGUGCGAUUUAAUCAGGCUGCUUUGCUCGCUGGUGUGGCCGUGCUUCUGCCUGUGCCUCGCGCUGACCGGGCUGCUCUUCACGCUGGUCGCGGGGGUGCGCGCGUGGCUCCGAGCGAAAAGGAACGCACGACGAGCUCGAGACGGGCGUCCCGCGGUGGCGUUCUUCCACCCCUACUGCCAUGCGGGCGGCGGAGGGGAGCGGGUGCUCUGGUGCGCUGUGAGGGCCCUGCAGAACAGGUACCAGGACGUGGACUUCGUGGUCUACACGGGUGACCAGGAUGCAACGGCCGAGCAGAUCCUGGACGGGGCGCGGCUGCGCUUCGGCGUGCGCCUCCCGCGGCCCGUGCACUUCGUGUUCCUGAAACGGCGCCUCCUGGUGGAGGCCAGCCUGUACCCAUACUUCACCCUGCUCGGCCAGAGCGUCGGCUCCAUGUUCUUGGCCUGGGAGGCUCUGUCCGCCUUUCCCCCGGAGCUGUGCGUCGACUCCAUGGGCUACGCCUUCACGCUUCCCGUUUUCCGCUACCUGGGCGGGUGCCGGGUGGGCAGCUACGUACAUUACCCCACGAUCAGCACCGACAUGCUGUCUGUGGUGCGGGAGAGGAGCCCCAGGUUCAACAACGCCGACUACGUUAGCCGCAACCCGGUGCUGAGCGCCGUCAAGGUGGUGUAUUACUGCGCCUUCGCCCUGCUCUACGGCCUCGCCGGCUCCUGCAGCGACGUGGUCAUGGUCAACUCCACCUGGACGCUGGGCCACGUCCUCGCUCUGUGGCGAGCCCCCAACCGCACCAGCGUGGUCUACCCACCAUGCCACGUCCAGGCCUUCCUGGAUGUACCUCUGGACGAGGAAGAGGAGGGCGAGGAAGGAGGUGGGAGGUGCCACUCCGUGGUGUCGGUGGCCCAGUUUCGGCCGGAGAAGGACCACCGACUGCAGAUCAGGGCCUUCCGGAAGCUCCUGGACAGGAAGGGGGCGGAGCCUGGCAGCAGGGAGUCUGUAAAGCUGGUGCUGAUUGGCGGAUGCCGGAACCAGGAGGACGAGGACAGGGUGCUGAUGCUGAGGGGGCUGUGCCAGGAGCUGGGCAUGGCCGACAGGGUGGAGUUCAAGUUGAACAUUCCGUUUGAGGAGCUGAAGAAGGAACUGGCAGAAGCUACCAUCGGCCUGCACACCAUGUGGAACGAACAUUUUGGAAUCGGCGUGGUGGAGUGCAUGGCUGCCGGGACUGUCAUCCUGGCCCACAAGUCUGGCGGGCCCAAGAUGGACAUCGUCGUACCGUUCGAGGGCGGACCUACAGGCUUCCUGGCCUACGACGAGGACGGCUACGCUGAUGCCAUGGAGCGCAUUCUCGCUAUGCCUCCCGCCUCCCGCCUGGAGAUGCGUCGCCGGGCGCGCCAGUCCGUCGCCCGCUUUUCCGACUCGGAGUUCGAGGCCUCCUUUCUGGCAGCUACAGAGCCUCUGAUGGGCACUCUGGAGUCCUGAAUUCCAGGAGAGCAGACAUCUCCCAGACCGAUUCGGCGCUCAUGAGCACGGACUCGGUGUAGUGGCGCGUCAUCAUGCAGGGAAGGAUGGAGAGUGCCAGCUGGCCACAUGCUGUCACCACGCCAUUACUGCAGAACAUUCCAGUCUGGAAGAGAUUGGGAGAAUCCUUGUAGAUUUUCUUUUUCUGGGAAAAUGUCUGUUAUGGGUCCUUGGGGAACUGUGAUGCAUCUUGGGAAACGUAUUUAAAAAUUUGGCAGUGUAAUACCAAAAAACUAGACAUCACUUAGGGAGCUAAAUGGUUAAAUUUAUUGUAGCUUUGCACUCAACCUAAAGUAACUGCUUGAUUUCAGGGCCCCCCGCCCAAGUAAGAUCCUUCUCGUAACUCACAAAUCCGGUUUUGUAGAACGAGCCAUUCUUCUAGGCUCUGUAGGAGUUGUUUAUCCUGAUCCAAGACCAGCUGACCCUACCCAAUCUCUUAACUGCUGUAAGAAAACAUCAGCACUGGUCUCAGAUCAGACUGAAUUCUGCCAAUGCCUGUGGCAUUGUGUUGACGCUGCUGGGGGUGGCUGACUGGAGUCCAGUGUGCACCCUGCAAACACUAAGGAAAGUCGGGUCAGGUCUGAAACCCAGUGCUGGUUGCUUGUGCUGCUUCUGUCCUCUUGGUUUUCACUCACAGCUUUUCCUUGUUCACAUUUGUUUAGAUUCAUUUCUUUGUUGUUGUUGUUGUUGUUGUUUUUUCUAUGUCUGCAUCAGACGCUGUACAACAGUCUCUGUGUCUUGGGUUUUCUGCAUACUUAUUUACCAGUGAAUGCAGACAGAAACAUGUUUUGGGACACGGUGAUGUUUAUUGUGGAAGGAAAGCUCUCAAUCAGAUGUGCGUUACCUUUUAUUCAAAGGUUUUAUCAGAAUGUUUACAUUAAAUUAUACGAUUAAAAAGGA